AUGCAACGUUACGAGACCAACCUAGAUGAGAAGGAUAUGAAGGGAGGAAGUGAGUUGCUUGGUGGGGACCUUGAUCUUGGCCAAGUGCUCGCUAUUCAACCAACAGCUGAGGAGGAACGAAGAGUUUUGUGGAAGAUCGAUCUUAUUCUGAUCCCGUUGAUGGGAGCCGCAUAUUUCCUCCAAUUCCUCGACAAACUCGCUCUGAGUCAGGCGACACUAUUUAAUUUACGAGAAGAUCUAAACAUGCACGGAGCACAAUAUGCAUGGGCAUCUGCGAUCUUCUAUUUUGGAUACUUUGCCUGGAGUUGGCCUACUUCAUAUAUUGUCGUCCGACUUCCCAUUGGGAAAUAUAUCGCAGUCUCAGUCUUCCUUUGGGGCGGGGCCCUAAUGUGUCAUGCUGCUUGCUCUAACUGGAGUGGGCUUAUGGCCGCCCGUUUCUUCUUAGGAGUAGGCGAGGCGGCAAUUGCGCCGGGCUUCACCUUGCUCACGGGAAUGUUUUAUAAACGCGAGGAACAACCCCUGCGACAAUCUGCUUGGUACUUUGGAAACUUUGUUGCUGUGCUCCUUGGCGGGUUGAUUGCCUACGGUAUUGGGACUAUUAACACGUCAGUCAUUACCCACUGGAAACUCUUGUUCCUUAUUCUUGGUGCCAUAACUUCAACUUAUGGUCUCGUCUUAUUUGCCUUGCUGCCGGACUCACCUGCCAACGCCAUAUUUCUGAAGCCCAAUGAGCGUGCUAUUGCUGUGCGACGAACGCUACAGAACAAAACUGGAGUCAUGGAUAUGGGUGUGUUUAAGUGGUCACAGGCUCUUGAAGCCCUAAAAGACCCCCAGACUUGGCUUCUAGUUCUGAACUCUUUCGCCUCAAGCCUGGCCAACGGAGGUCUUACAAGCUUUACCUCGAUUAUCACUGCCGGGUUCGGAUUCUCCGAUCUUAAAGCCCUUAUCAUGCAAAUGCCUCAGGGCGCCGCCCAGAUUGUGUUUCUACUGAUUACCUCGAUCACCGUGACAUUUAUUCCAUCUGCCCGUAUAUUAGGAAUGUGUCUCUCCACAAUGAUUUCUAUUAUCGGUCUGGUCCUUAUCUGGAAGCUUGAACCCGAAAAUCAAGCUGGACGAAUCGUUGGGAUGGCGUUAGCCGUCGUCUACGCAAUCAAUUUUCCCAUGUCGUUCAGUAUUAUUACCUCUAAUGUGGCCGGAUUUUCGAAGAAGAGUGUUGUUAGCGGUUUGCUUUUCAUCGCAUAUUGUGUGGGAAAUAUCGUGGGUCCGCAAUUUUUUCUUGCCUCGGAGGAGCCAUCGUACCCAACUGGCAUCAAGGCUUCUAUGUCAGGCCUGGUCUUGAGUGUAUUUUUCCUUCUGUGCCUAUAUUCCUACUAUACGUGGGAGAAUCAUCGACGAGACAGGUUGUAUGGUUUGCCUGAGCAGAUAAACAUGGGAGCUGAGUUACAGGAUGAGCUAUCGAACAGGACUGAUCGCGAGAUCGAGAGUUUCCGGUAUCUUCUUUAG